AUGGCUCGAAGCGUUGACUUUAAGCGACUCUUCUACGAACACGGCAUGUGCGAGAGCGUCGCAGUGCAUGCACACGACACACUACACUUUACGAAAAUACAUAAGCGGGGCGUCGUCAAAAAAAAAAAACGCCGUGCGAUUUUAUCAUACAAUUUGUUUCUGUUUAAGAGCCUAAAGUAGCCGCGACGCUUUGAGCCAUUCUAAAUGCGACCAGGAUGGUUUAACAGAGUUUUCUCUAUUAUCACUUUAUUUUCAGUGUUCAUUUCGUCAUACCCUAUAAAUCAAGUAUUUUUUCAUCUUGCUGAAGCUUAUCUUAUAUUAGUGAAUACGCCGAAAAUUGUGAAAAUCAAAUGGAAUUUGGUUUUUAAGGCGGUAGGUUACGUAAUUUUUUUUAUUGCUGCCAAACUUCAUAUAAAUCUCUUUUUUUCAGAUAAUUGAAAUCCCAUUCAACCACUAUGUAGCUUUUGCGGCCUGGAUGUUUUUCAAUAUUUCCGACCGAGGGGAAUAUUGGUUCGAGGAUGUGAGGAUACCGAGGGAUGAGCCGAUUGAGGGUUAUAUCGAGACGGCCGGAGCUGUUUUGGUGCAUUUUAUGAAUUUUGGAAAUAGGAAAUAGACGCUUCUAAAUAGGAAAAAAGGGAAGAAAAGAAAUUUAGCCAUGAAGUUCAGUUUUAAAGCCGUUUAGGGUAGAUUUCCUCCCCUGAUAUCCAAGUGCGAAAGUCGCUUCGGAGUCGGCUACACCAAAAAAAAAAAGCUUUGAGCCCUUCCCAGUGCGGCCAACCCAUUUGGUCAAUCUGCAGAUAAACUGCGAUUUUAUAAUUUUCUUUUCUCCCCUUGUUUUAUUCAUCUUUUAAGCAAAUGUGCGCCGCCACUGCCAUCCCACUUCUGGCGUAUAUCGUACACCUACAGUACGCCAUGCUUCGUACCGUAACCUAUCCAUCGAUGAAAGAACCUAUUUGGCUAUAUUCGAUCAAAGUAUUAGCAAUUUAUGUCCUUUGUGUCAUCGACUAUCUAGUUUGCAAGCACUUUUACUCUAUUGUGGGUUUUUUUUUCCUUUUUUUUGUGCUGAAAUCGGUUUUCUCAUUCAAAAUUCCGUGGUGGCAUACGGAAUGGCUUGCUUUCUAAUGCACCCGACCAAAAACUACUUGCGCGUUGGAUUUUUCGAGACAUUGAAUGAGGCGUAGUGUACAGGUGUAUACACGCGACGGCGCAUUGCGGACCGGCGCCCAUUUCAAACGGCGGUCAUGGAAUCUAUAAUCUGGAACCCUUGUCUUACACUCGAGACAUUCCACAUGCGCGCCCGGCUUUUUAACUCAAAACGAAUCGAUUUCUCGAUUAAUUUCAAACUUUUUAGAAAGAAUAUUUCUGGUCAACCUCUGCCUACUAUUGGAAAUCGCUUCUGAUCAGCCAGUUCUUGUAUAUUACUAUUUUUGGUAAUUCUUUUUCUUUUUUCCAAUUUUAGAUCUUCAUUUCAAGGUACCUUGUCCAUUUAUUCGGCUAGGUGUAUGUGGAAAGCUUUCUCAUUCGGAGGAAUCAGUCAACUUUCUAAAAAGACGAGGAAAUCGCAUCUGAAAAUUUUCAUGGCUCUGUCCAUACAGGUUUUUUGAAGGCCUUUCGACCAACUUAAUUUUUUUCGCUAACAUUUUUAGACUAUGAUCCCUUAUGCCAUUAUAAUAGUACCUUAUUUCCACACCUUCCUUCUACGGGCUGGUGCUGUGAAGCCUCGGAAGUUCUUCUGCUACAUCAGUGGAUUCUGCCUGUAUAUCUACCCUAUUGUGAAUGUUGUCUUACUUUUUACAACCCAGAGACAUCAUCGGGACUUUUUCAUGA